CCAACGCACUGUGCAGGCACAUCAACAAGUUUAUAAGCAUGCCUGUUAAUGAUGCAGAGAGAAGAAUAAAGAAGAAGGAAUUUUACAGCAUCGCUGGAUUCCCGAACGUGCUGGGGUGCAUAGACUGCACACAUGUCCGCAUCAGAGCCCCAACACAUAACGAAGCAGAUUUCGUAAAUCGAAAAGGGUUCCAUUCAGUGAACAUUCAGAUGGUAUGCGAUGCUCGUUUAAUCAUCAUGGAUGUCGUAGCCAAGUGGCCCGGGAACGUACAAGACAGUCGUAUAUUUAGGGAAAGCAGAUUAUGUGCAGUGUUGGAGAAUGGAAUGGAUGGAGUGUUGCUAGGAGAUAGUGGCUAUGCAUGUAAGAAAUACUUGAUGACGCCAUACCUAAAUACCAACCAAAUUCUGAAUGAUUUCAGAUUUAACAGAUCACUGUGUAAAACUAGAGUCAUCAUCGAGCAAACGUUUGGUGUUUUAAAGCGGAGGUUUGCUGUUAUGUCGUACGGGAUAAGGACAUCCGAGAUGAAGGCUUGUAGGACGACAAUGGCGUGUGCCAUCCUGCACAACAUCGGGAUUAAGCUGGGAGACUCAUUUGGACGCUUUGUGGUCGAGUCCGACAAUCACCCAGAUGCACCGAACCAACCGGUUGAUGUUGCAGGAAAUGCCUUUAGGGACUUUGUCAGCACGACAUAUGUUUCGUAAAGUGUACUGAAUCAGUAGAAGAGCAGUAUAUCUGCUUUAAUUGAUUAUCACUUCAAGCUGGCUGUAUUAGUAAUAGGAUAGUAAGUGGUAAAUAUACAAUGAACCAGUUUUCUUUCGAACUGUACUUGCGUUUUUAUUUAUUUUUCAAACUUUAAAGACGGAAAAUACAGUCUAACAACAUUAUUUACAAAUUAAUUUUAAUUUAGCAGGAGAAUAACCAUUAUUAAAACAUCGAUGAUACAAUAAUAUAACUACGUUUAACUCAAUCAUUUUAGACAAAUAUAAGGAUAUCACAUUUUUACAUCAAACUUAUUCGAAUCAGAAUCGGUAUUUUUUGGAGUGUUUUGUUUACUUGUAUAUGCUUAUACUUGACAAUGACAGUUCGGUAUGGCUAUUGAACAUGCACUAACUCAUAUGGAAAUGGGGUUUACAAUUGUCACAAAGAUCAAUUUCAUCAAGUUUCUCAAAAUGUACAUGACAUAAGUGCACAAUAUACACGAAUAGUAUGAGCCCAUAACCAUUAAAAUAUCAGUUUUGAGGUACUUAUAAUAAACAAUAAAAGCUAAUUGAUUUACUUGAAUGCCAUUGAUUUCCACAGUAUCUCCCAAUACUGUCAGAAUUCAAGCAUGAAGAUGCUUAGCACUACUUUGGAUGUUUUCUCUGUGAUUAUAUGACAUUAAAAUAUAAACAGCAUUUACUUUAACAAUCACAAUUUAAGUUAUGGCAAAACAGUGAUUGGUCUCCAUGGUUACAUUUCUUAACAAAAUUUCAAGUUAAUAAUUGCUUAUCUGAACAAAUAUCAUUUGCAGCAUAAAACACUAUUUCAGAAUCAUAUCAAUGGAGCAGUCAAGACUACACAAAAAUGACAAUCUGUACAAAUGAAUUCACAUGAAAUACUGCAUUUACAACUUAAUAUUUUCCUGGCAUACAAAAAAGAAAUAUCAAUUCUGACAUUCAGUCUUGACAUGUAUAACUGCUCCACAUAUGGUUUAUAUAACAUUGUUUGACAACACAUGUUCAGUACAACAGACCGAGAUGUGGUGUACUAUCCUGUUCGAAGAAAUG